AGGGACAGACUCUCGUUCUGCCGCGAAAGAUGCUGCUAACUUUUUGCAGCUUGCUCUUCUCUCCGGUUGUCUCCAUCCAUCCAGAAUGCAAGAUUUUUCAACAGAUCAUCAAAGACGAGGCUCAAUGUUUAGAGAAAAACCACUCUCUUUCGCCAGAUUUUAAAGGAUGUGACCGAGUUUGGGACGGGCUGAGCUGCUGGCCCCAAGCCCCCUUCGGAGAGGUCGUGACCAUAUCGUGUCCAGGAUUUUUUGAAGAAAUCACCAAUGUACAAGGGUUCCUGCACAGAAACUGUACAUUGGGCAAUUACUGGUCUGAGCCAUUCCCACCAUAUGUGGUUGCCUGCGGAUUUGAAGAAAGUUUAACCAAAGGACCAGAAGAUCAGAAAUCGUACUAUUCCGCAUUCUGGUACAUCUACACGGCUGGCUAUGCCACAUCUCUGGUUUCGCUCUUUACGGCCCUUCUCAUCUUUACCUUCUUUCGAAAAUUCCACUGCACACGGAAUUACAUUCACAUGCAUCUAUUUGUCUCGUUUAUCCUGAGGGCAGCGGCCGUGUUCAUCAAAGAUGCCAUUUUGUUUUCCGACGACAGCAUGGACCACUGUUUGAUGUCAACGGUCUUGUGCAAGGCUGCCGUGGCUUUCUUCCAGCUCAGCAUUUUAGCCAAUUUCUUUUGGCUCUUGGUGGAAGGCCUCUAUCUGCAAACCCUGCUGAUCCUGACCUUCGUAUCAGACAAGCAGUACGCGUGGAAGUUCAUCCUGAUUGGUUGGGGAGCUCCUGCGAUCUUCACAUUGGCCUGGAUUCUGGCCAGAAUUUACAGUCAGGACACUGGUUGCUGGGAUGAUGAGGAGCAGAGCUCGGCGGUGCUGUGGAUCAUCAAGGGACCCAUCCUAUUAACCGUCUUGGUGAACUUCAUCAUUUUCCUCAACGUCAUUCAGAUUUUGGUCCAGAAAUUAAAAUCUUCAGGGCCCGGAGGAAGACAUCCAAGGCAUUUUGUACGACUGGCCAAAUCCACCCUGCUCCUCAUUCCCCUCUUCGGAGUACAUUACGUCGUCUUUGCUUUCUUUCCGGAGGGCACGGGGACAGAUGCCAGAUUGUACGUCGAGCUGGCCUUGGGCUCUUUCCAGGGCUUUUUCGUUGCUCUCCUGUACUGUUUCUUGAAUGGAGAGGUCCAGGCCGAGUUUAAGAAAUGCUUUCGCAAGUGGCACUACCAACAUUUCCUGAGCUUCAGGCAAAAGCAUCGGCGAAUCUCUGGAGACAACAGCCCGAUCAAUUACGUCACGCAGCUCUCCCUGAUGGACAGGAUCAGCCCGCAAAGAAGCAAAUGCCAAAACGGCUCCUCCUCCAUCUGACGCUGGUCCAUUCCGCACGCCAAAUGUGUAACAGGUUGCAGACAUUAUAAAGGAACCAGUUUCCCCCGUUCACAUGCAUGCCGUGCAGGCAGCGACUGGAGCCCACGGAAACA